UAGAUGUUACAGACAGAUGGAUAGACAAAACUCAAAUCACUAUCCUUGAUCUCGUUAAAAAGGGAGGCAGAAUCAUGAUGUACUUUAAUUUUUCCAAAAUAACAAACAAAGUGCAGUAUGUUUUAAUUCUACAUCUACAUAAUCAUGUGAUAAUAAUUGCAAACAGCGAGAGAUCAAUUGUUGAAUAUUCGUUUGACGCGGGUCGUACCAUGUGACAUGACAUAUUUAAAUCAAGAUUCACAUUACGAUUUCUGAAACCGGUAAAAUUAGAAAGUAACAAAUAACCAACAUAUAUAAAGGAGUCUUGUUAUGAAUUUCAUUGAUACGCAACUACAAUUCUACUCACAACAGAAAUGGGAAUAAACUUCAUCUGCGUUUUAGCAACGCUCCUGGCGAUAGUUCACUGUAAAGAUACAAGUGUUACUUUUGAUACCAUACAUACCAAAACUGGACGACAGCUUCAGAUAAAACUUGAACAUCAAGGUUCAAAAUGGGAUGUUGGAGCUUCGGCAGCGACCGAUUUUCGAGGAAACGGGGGAGGUAGUUUUAGUAUCAGAAAAGGCAACUGGAAAUUUACAGCCAGAGGCACAAAAAAUAAAGGUUCCAAUCCGGACUUCGGUGUAUCCGUCAGCUGGAUGUUCAAAAGAUCAACUGAUAAUGACGAGAAUCCCGGAUACUAUGACGUAAUGAUUAUUGCCAAUCAAUGUCACUUCCGCAUGUAUGAUCAGGACGGGGACGAUCUCAUAACUCGUAAGGAGAUGAUUAAAUUGUUUGUGGAUUCGAAUUUGGGCUUUGAUUUGUUCAACGAUCUGGAUAAUAUUAAAGGGGAUGGAGGCAUAACAAAGAAAGAAUUCGAUUCGAUGUCACCACGUAUAAUCAAAGGAUGUGACGUCAAUCCAUAGGAAGGCGGAUUUAAAGGAAGUGACGUCAAGCUAGGGAGACGGAGAUUACAAAACAUUCCAUCCACAAAUGUGACGAAUUGAAAAAUACAUGUAAUAUUUAUGUUAUUUAUGUGCAAUUUACUAGUGUCGAUCAAUUCAUUAACAUAUAUUUUGUUUUAAAGAAAAUGUAUUUUGAUUUUAAUUUUAAAGAACAUCGUCAAAACAUGCUAUUUUUUUUUUUUCAAAAUGAAUGUUUAAUCUCGCCGUUUACAUGCCAGUUUAGGUUUCAAUUUUGGAUAUCGAUGUGUCUGGUUAAAAAUGUAGCAAAACUUAAAAAUAAAUUAUUUCAAAAUCUGA